AUGACUCCAUCUGUGGUCUUUGUCUUGCUGGCUGUUCUAGGACAUACCAGCGCCACAUUUGAUCCUAAUAUUGCUAGAGGUGGAAACGUGAUUCAGUCCUCCCUGUAUGGGAAUGAAGUCCCUGAAAGGGCCAUAGAUGGAAAUCGUGCUAGCAACCUGGGACAGAGAUCCUGUAGCGUCACUAAGAAAGAUUUCAAACCAUGGUGGAGACUGGACCUCCUGAAGACAUAUCAGAUCAACACUGUCACCAUCACCAACAGAAGAGAUUGUUGCGCCGCGAGAAUCAAUGGUGCUGAGAUCCGCAUUGGAGAUUCCCUCAGUGACAAUGGCAACGAUAACCCCAGAUGUGCUGUUAUCUCAUCUAUCAAAGCUGGGACCUCCCAAACCUUUGUGUGUAAUGGAAUGGAAGGUCGAUAUGUCAACAUUGUGAUUCCUGGAAGACGAGAAUUCCUGACACUGUGUGAGGUGGAAGUCACUGGUCAGGUUUUAGAUCCUAAUAUUGCUAGAGGUGGAAACGUGAUUCAGUCCUCCCUGUAUGAGGAUGGCAUCCCUGAAAGGGCCAUUGAUGGAAAUUGUGCUAGCAACUGGGUACAGAGAUCCUGUACCCACACUAACAAUGAUUUCAAACCAUGGUGGAGACUGGACCUCCUGAAGACAUAUCAGAUCAACACUGUCACCAUCACCAACAGAGGAGAUUGUUGUCCUGAGAGAAUCAAUGGUGCUGAGAUCCACAUUGGAAAUUCCCUCAAUGACAAUGGCAACGGUAACCCCAGAUGUGCUGUUAUUUCGUCUAUGGCAGCUGGGUCCUCCCAAACCUUUGUGUGUAAUGGAAUGGAAGGUCGAUAUGUCAACAUUGUGAUUCCUGGAAGACGAGAAUACCUGACGCUGUGUGAGACUUGCUUGGCUGUCUUUUCAGAUGAGAUGAUGACUCCAUCUGUGGUCUUUGUCUUGCUGGCUGUUCUAGGACAGACCAGUGCCAAAUUUGAUACUAAUAUUGCUAGAGGAGGAAAGGUGAUUCAGUCCUCCCUGUAUGGGAAUGCCAUCCCUGAAAGGGCCAUUGAUGGAAAUCAUGCUAGCAACCUGGGACAGGGAUCCUGUAGCGUCACACGAACAGAUUUUAAACCAUGGUGGAGACUGGACCUCCUGAAGACAUAUCAGAUCAACACUGUCACCAUCACCAACAGAAGAGAUUGUUGCGCCGCGAGAAUCAAUGGUGCUGAGAUCCGCAUUGGAAAUUCCCUCAAUGACAAUGGCAACGAUAACCCCAGAUGUGCUGUUAUCUCAUCUAUCAAAGCUGGGACCUCCCAAACCUUUGUGUGUAAUGGAAUGGAAGGUCGUUAUGUCAACAUUGUGAUUCCUGGAAGACGAGAAUACCUGACGCUGUGCGAGGUGGAAGUCACUGGUCAGGCUUUAGAUCCUAAUAUUGCUAGACGUGGAAACGCCAUUCAGUCCUCCCUAUAUGAGAAUGAAGUCCCUGAAAGGGCCAUUGAUGGGAAUCGUGCUAGCAACUUGAGAGAGGGAUCCUGUACCCACACUAAGAAAGAUUUAAAACCAUGGUGGAGACUGGACCUACUGAAGACAUAUCAGAUCAACAAUGUCACCAUCACCAACAGAGGAGAUUGUUGCGCCUGGAGAAUCAAUGGUGCUGAGAUCCGCAUUGGAGAUUCCCUCAAUGACAAUGGCAACGAUAACCCCAGAUGUGCUGUCAUCUCGUCUGUCACAGCUGGGUCCUCCCAAACCUUUGUGUGUAAUGGAAUGGAAGGUCGAUAUGUCAACAUUGUGAUUCCUGGAAGACGAGAAUUCCUGACACUGUGCGAGGUGGAAGUCACUGGUCAGGCUUUAGAUCCUAAUAUUGCUAGAGGUGGACACGUGAUUCAGUCCUCCCUGUAUGAGAAAGAGGUCCCUGAAAGGGCCAUUGAUGGAAAUCGUGCUAGCAACCUGGGACAGAGAUCCUGUAGCGUCACUAUGAAAGACUUAAAACCAUGGUGGAGACUGGACCUCCUGAAGACAUAUCAGAUCAACAAUGUCACCAUCACCAACAGAGGAGAUUGUUGCGCCGCGAGAAUCAAUGGUGCUGAGAUCCGCAUUGGAAAUUCCCUCAAUGACAAUGGCAACAAUAACCCCAGAUGUGCUGUUAUCUCGUCUAUGGCAGCUGGGUCCUCCCAAACCUUUGUGUGUAAUGGAAUGGAAGGUCGAUAUGUCAACAUCGUGAUUCCUGGAAGACGAGAAUACCUGACGCUGUGUGAGGUGGAAGUCACUGGUCAGGCUACAGGAAUCACUGCUCCAACUGAUAUUAAUAUUGCUCGAGGUGGAAACGUGAUUCAGUCCUCCCUGUAUGGGAAUGAAGUCCCUGAAAGGGCCAUUGAUGGGAAUCGUGCCAGCCACCUAGGACAGAGAUCCUGUAGUGUCACUAAGAAAGAUUUCAAACCAUGGUGGAGACUGGACCUCCUGAAGAUAUAUCAGAUCAACACUGUCACCAUCACCAACAGAAGAGAUUGUUGCACCGGCAGAAUCAAUGGUGCUGAGAUCCGCAUUGGAAAUUCCCUCAAUGACAAUGGCAACAAUAACCCCAGAUGUGCUGUUAUCUCGUCUAUCAAAGCUGGUUCCUCCCAAACCUUUGUGUGUAAUGGAAUGGAAGGUCGAUAUGUCAACAUUGUGAUUCCUGGAAGACGAGAAUACCUGACACUAUGUGAGGUGGAAGUCACUACGACAGUGGUCAGCCUCCGAUCUGUAGGCGGACUUGUCAUCAUCAGAGAUGAGUCCGAUGAGGGAGGUGUCGUCCGCGAACUUCAGAAGCUUGACGGACUGAUUCACAUGCUGCUUCCUGUCAGACAGGAAGUCAGGCACAUCAAGCCGGGAGAGCUUCUCCUAAAGCAGAGCCGGGAAGAUGGUGUUAAAGGCAGAGCUGAAGUCCAAAAACAGGAUCCAGGCGUAGGUUCCUGCGGAAUCCAGGUGCUGGAGGAUGUAGUGGAGGGCCAGGUUGACUGCAUCGUAGGCAAACUACAGGGGGUCCAGGAGGGGGUCGGUGAUGGCUUUGAGGGUCUGUUGACAUCCCUCUCGUGGAUAGAGAGAGUCGUCACUGAGGUGGGUGGGGGGGUGGAGGUGGAGACCUUUAAGGUGGGCAUUGGUGGGGGGGCCCAGGCCCCUGCUGAGGUGGGGGAGGUGGAGGUGAUGCACAGUGGCUGGAGCUAUGGCGACCUGGCCAAGAAAAGUGUGUGUGUGCAGGUGAUGGAGCAGAAGCCCCUCCCCCUGACAGUUGGUGAGGAGGAGGAGUAUCUGUUGGCUCUCAAACAGGAGUUCAGAGGAGCGAUGAAGAGUCUGCCGUGCUUCAUCCAGCCGGCAGCUGCACACCGAGAUCCUAAUAUUGCUAGAGGUGGAAACGUGAUUCAGUCCUCCCUGUAUGGGAAUGCCGUCCCUGAAAGGGCCAUUGACGGAAAUCGUGCUAGCAACUGGGCACAGGGAUCCUGUACCCACACUAACAAUGAUUUAAAACCAUGGUGGAGACUGGACCUCCUGAAGAAAUAUCACAUCAACACUGUCACCAUCACCAACAGAGGAGAUUGUUGCCCCGAGAGAAUCAAUGGUGCUGAGAUCCGCAUUGGAAAUUCCCUCAAUGACAAUGGCAACGGUAACCCCAGAUGUGCUGUUAUCUCGUCUAUGGCAGCUGGGUCCUCCCAAACCUUUGUGUGUAAUGGAAUGGAAGGUCGAUAUGUCAACAUUGUGAUUCCUGGAAGACAAGAAUUCCUGACACUGUGUGAGGUGGAAGUCACUGGUCAGGCUUUAGAUCCUAAUAUUGCUAGAAGUGGAAACGUGAUUCAGUCCUCCCUGUAUGGGAAUGCUGUCCCUGAAAGGGCCAUUGACGGAAAUCGUGCUAGCAACUGGGCACAGGGAUCCUGUACCCACACUAACCAUGAUUUUAAACCAUGGUGGAGACUGGACCUCCUGAAGACAUAUCAGAUCAACACUGUCACCAUCACCAACAGAGGAGAUUGUUGCCCCGAGAGAAUCAAUGGUGCCGAGAUCCGCAUUGGAAAUUCCCUCAGUGACAAUGGCAACGGUAACCCCAGAUGUGCUGUUAUCUCGUCUAUGGCAGCUGGGUCCUCCCAAACCUUUGUGUGUAAUGGAAUGGAAGGUCGAUAUGUCAACAUUGUGAUUCCUGGAAGACAAGAAUACCUGACACUGUGUGAGGUGGAAGUCACUGGUCAGGCUUUAGGUAUUAAUAUUGCUCGAGGUGGAAACGCGAUUCAGUCCUCCCUGUAUGGGAAUGAGGUCCCCGAAAGGGCCAUUGAUGGGAAUCGUGCUAGCAACUUAAGAGAGGGAUCCUGUACCCACACUAAGAAAGAUUUCAAACCAUGGUGGAGACUGGACCUCCUGAAGACAUAUCAGAUCAACAAUGUCACCAUCACCAACAGAGGAGAUUGUUGCCCCGAGAGAAUCAAUGGUGCUGAGAUCCGCAUUGGAGAUUCCCUCAAUGACAAUGGCAACAAUAACCCCAGAUGUGCUGUUAUCUCGUCUAUGUCAGCUGGGUCCUCCCAAACCUUUGUGUGUAAUGGAAUGGAAGGUCAAUAUGUCAACAUUGUGAUUCCUGGAAGACGAGAAUUCCUGACACUGUGCGAGGUGGAAGUCACUGGGACAGCAUCUCCAACUGAUACUAAUAUUGCUAGAAAUGGAAACGUGACUCAGUCCUCCCUGUAUGAGAAAGAGGUCCCCGAAAGGGCCAUAGAUGGGAAUCGUGCGAGCAACUUGAGAGAGGGAUCCUGUACCCACACUAACUAUGAUUUCAAACCAUGGUGGAGACUGGACCUCCUGAAGACAUAUCAGAUCAACAAUGUCACCAUCACCAACAGAGGAGAUUGUUGCCCCGAGAGAAUCAAUGGUGCUGAGAUCCGCAUUGGAAAUUCCCUCAAUGACAAUGGCAACGAUAACCCCAGAUGUGCUGUUAUCUCGUCUAUGGCAGCUGGGUCCUCCCAAACCUUUGUGUGUAAUGGAAUGGAAGGUCGAUAUGUCAACAUUGUGAUUCCUGGAAGACGAGAAUUCCUGACACUGUGUGAGGUGGAAGUCACCGGGCAGGCUUUAGAUCCUAAUAUUGCUAGAGGUGGAAACGUGACUCAGUCCUCCCUGUAUGAGAAAGAGGUCCCUGAAAGGGCCAUAGAUGGGAAUCGUGCUAGCAACUUGAGAGAGGGAUCCUGUACCCACACUAACUAUGAUUUAAAACCAUGGUGGAGACUGGACCUCCUGAAGACAUAUCAGAUCAACACUGUCACCAUCACCAACAGAGGAGAUUGUUGCGCCUGGAGAAUUAAUGGUGCUGAGAUCCGCAUUGGAAACUCCUAUGAGAAUGGCAACGAUAACCCCAGAUGUGCUGUUAUCUCGUCUAUGGCAGCUGGGUCCUCCCAAACCUUUGUGUGUAAUGGAAUGGAAGGUCGAUAUGUCAACAUUGUGAUUCCUGGAAGACAAGAAUUCCUGACACUGUGUGAGGUGGAAGUCACUGGUCAGGCUUUAGGUAACACUGCUCCAACUGAUACUAAUAUUGCUAGAAGUGGAAACGUGACUCAGUCCUCCCUGUAUGAGAAAGAGGUCCCUGAAAGGGCCAUAGAUGGGAAUCGUGCUAGCAACUUGAGAGAGGGAUCCUGUACCCACACUAACUAUGAUUUAAAACCAUGGUGGAGACUGGACCUCCUGAAGACAUAUCAGAUCAACACUGUCACCAUCACCAACAGAGGAGAUUGUUGCGCCUGGAGAAUCAAUGGUGCUGAGAUCCGCAUUGGAAAUUCCCUCAAUGACAAUGGCAACGAUAACCCCAGAUGUGCUGUUAUCUCGUCUAUGGCAGCUGGGUCCUCCCAAACCUUUGUGUGUAAUGGAAUGGAAGGUCGAUAUGUCAACAUUGUGAUUCCUGGAAGACAAGAAUUCCUGACACUUUGCGAGGUGGAAGUCACUGGUCAGGCUUUAGAUACUAAUAUUGCUAGAGGUGGAAAUGUGAUUCAGUCCUCCCUGUAUGAGAAAGAGGUCCCUGAAAGGGCCAUAGAUGGGAAUCGUGCUAGCAACUUGAGAGAGGGGUCCUGUACCCACACUAACUAUGAUUUAAAACCAUGGUGGAGACUGGACCUCCUGAAGACAUAUCAGAUCAACACUGUCACCAUCACCAACAGAGGAGAUUGUUGCGCCUGGAGAAUUAAUGGUGCUGAGAUCCGCAUUGGAAACUCCCUCAAUGACAAUGGCAACGGUAACCCCAGGCUUGGUUUGGGCUCGGGCUUGAGCUCUGAGUUGCGCUCCAGGUUGCACGGUAAAUGA